GUACCUUCUCACUUGGACUGGUUUGUUCAUGGGGUUGCCUUGUCAUCCAAGGGGCCUAGUUAGGCAAGAGUUCUCUUCUCAUCUAAAGUAGGAGUGUGGGGCUUUCUGCCCGCCACCCACCCCUGUCUGUCACCUAAUCCCUUACUGGAUUGUGUGACCGGUCUGGCAUUCUCGGCCUGGAAUCUGGCACUUCUGACAGCAGUUGCUAUAUUGGGGGCACUGGGCACCGCCCUGGACACUGGAGGCUCCCACUCUUUACUCCCUUCUGUGCUCUUGUUAACGUCAAGACAUAGUGGCAGCUUGGAAAGACUUGGACACGGGUCCUUGAAGUGAUCUGGAGACCCCAGCAUCACAUCUGCCACCAUUCCGUGCUGCAGGGAUACCAUGGCUCCAGAAGAGGAUGCUGGAGGGGAGGUCUUAGGGGGCAGUUUCUGGGAGGCAGGCAACUACAGACGGACGGUACAGAGGGUUGAGGAUGGGCACAGGCUGUGUGGGGACCUGAUUAGCUGCUUCCAAGAACGUGCCCGCAUUGAGAAGGCCUAUGCCCAGCAGCUGGCUGAUUGGGCCCGCAAGUGGAGGGGUGCUGUCGAGAAGGGCCCACAAUACGGCACUCUGGAGAAGGCCUGGCAUGCCUUCUUCACUGCGGCUGAGCGGCUGAGUGAGCUGCACUUGGAGGUGAGGGAGAAGUUGCAUGGUCCAGACAGCGAGCGAGUGCGGACCUGGCAGCGCGGAGCUUUCCACCGGCCAGUGCUGGGGGGCUUUCGGGAAAGUCGGGCUGCAGAGGAUGGUUUCCGUAAGGCCCAGAAGCCUUGGCUAAAGAGGCUGAAGGAGGUUGAGGCUUCUAAGAAGAGCUACCACACAGCCCGCAAGGAUGAGAAGACAGCCCAGACCCGGGAGAGCCACGCGAAGGCAGACAGCUCCAUGUCCCAGGAGCAGCUUCGAAAAUUACAGGAGCGGGUGGGACGCUGCACCAAGGAGGCAGAGAAGACGAAAACCCAGUAUGAGCAGACCCUGGCAGAGCUAAAUCGCUAUACGCCACGCUACAUGGAGGACAUGGAGCAGGCCUUUGAGAGCUGCCAGGCUGCUGAGCGCCAGCGACUUCUCUUCUUCAAGGAUGUGUUGCUCACCUUGCAUCAGCACCUUGACCUCUCCAGUAGUGACAAGUUCCAUGAACUCCAUCGAGACCUGCAGCAGGGCAUCGAGGCUGCCAGUGAUGAAGAAGACCUGCGCUGGUGGCGUAGCACACAUGGGCCUGGCAUGGCCAUGAAUUGGCCACAGUUUGAGGAAUGGUCCUUAGACACACAGAGAGCCAUCAGCCGGAAGGAGAAGGGUGGCCGGAGCCCCGACGAGGUUACUCUGACCAGCAUUGUACCUACAAGAGAUGGCACCGCACCCCCACCCCAGUCCCCAUCAUCCCCAGGUAGUGGGCAGGAUGAGGACUGGUCAGAUGAGGAGAGUCCCCGGAAAGCUGCCACUGGGGUGAGGGUACGGGCGCUUUAUGACUAUGCUGGCCAGGAAGCUGAUGAGCUGAGCUUCCGCGCAGGGGAGGAGUUGCUGAAGAUGAGUGAGGAGGAUGAGCAGGGCUGGUGCCAGGGCCAGCUGCAGAGUGGCCGCAUCGGUCUGUACCCUGCCAAUUAUGUAGAAUGUGUGGGUGCCUGAGUGCCCCAACAGCCCUACAACAGUGUCUCUCUAACCUGGGCCAGAGCUCAACCCUUCCUGGACUGCUGGACCUGAAGGCCCUGAACCAUAUGCUGCUGCUGUCUCUCUGUUCCCACAGGAGGAAGUCUUAGGGCCCAUGAAGGGAAGGGAUCUGUGUCUAGAAAGAGGACGAUAGAAUUUAGGUUGAGGGCAGGAUGGGAGGUUGGAGUGACAAGGGUUGAGAGCCUCCCCAGGAGCAUCUGGGUCAUCCCAGAAGUAGGGGGAUCCAGUUCCUAAACUGUUUAAGUUCUUGGGGUAAGGUUGGGGAGAAUGUAGUUUGGGGCUAGCAGCACCUUCUUUUGUGACUUAUUGUAGUGUGUAUUAAAUAUGAUCAAGAAUAAAAAUCCCAUCAAGUGUUGUGAG